AUGGCUCAAGACAGCGAAGUGCCCAAGGCGGCCGACAAGGGCAAGGGCAAGGCCGUCGACGAUGCCAAGAAGGACAAGCAGCAGACAAAUGGGAAGAAGGAGGAUGAGAAGACCGAGACCGCCGAGGAAGAGCUCAACGAGGAGGAUCAACAACUCAAGAAUGAGCUCGAUAUGAUGGUUGAACGCUUGACCGAGUCAAGCUCGGAACUUUAUAAGCCUGCCCUGGAGGCCAUGAAGACCUCGAUAAAGACAUCGACGUCAUCCAUGACAGCAGUCCCAAAGCCCCUGAAGUUCCUACGACCACACUACGAGACGUUGACGAAGCUUUACGAAGAAUGGCCAGAGAGUGAAGACAAGACUUCGUUGGCAGACGUUCUCUCUGUCAUUGGUAUGACCUUCUCAGAUGAGGACCGACAAGACACACUUCACUACCGCCUACUCGCACCCUCAUCCGACAUUAGCUCGUGGGGUCAUGAAUACACUAGACAUCUUGCGCUCGAGAUUGGAGAGGUGUACGGUAAGCGAAUUCAGAACGAGGAACCGACCAAGGACCUGAUCGACCUCGCGCUCGUCUUGGUUCCUCUCUUUGUGAAGAGCAACGCAGAGGCCGAUGCAGUGGAUCUCAUGAGCGAACUGGAAAUCAUUGAGGAGAUGCCUAAGUUUGUGGACGAGAACACAUACGCCCGUGUGUGUCUCUAUAUGUCUUCCAUGGUUAACCUUCUCACCUACCCCGAUAACGAAACCUUCCUCAAGACCGCGCACGAUAUCUAUAUGGAAUAUAAGCAGUUUGCGCAGGCCAUGGUUCUUGCGAUCCGAUUACACGACAUCGACCUUAUCAGGGCCGAUUUCGAAAAGGCCAAAGACCCUGCUCUCAAGAAGCAGCUUGCAUUCUUGAUUGGCCGCCAAAGAAUACCACUCGAUAUCGAAGACGAUUCGGAUGAGAACGAUGCCAUUUUGGAAUCAGUUGGUAACUUGAAGCUAUCCGAGCACUUCAAGUCUCUGGGCAAGGAGCUGAACAUUUUGGAGCCAAAGUCUACCGAAGAUAUCUACAAGAGUCAUCUCGAGAGCAGUAGAGUUGCUGGAAUGACUAACCUGGAUUCUGCUCGGCAUAACCUUGCGGCGGCUUUUGUCAACGCUUUUGUCAAUGCAGGCUUCGGCAACGACAAGAUGAUGCUUGUUGAUGGCGAGAAGGAGACGUGGGUAUGGAAGACCAAGGCAGAUGGAAUGAUGUCUACCGUGGCUUCUAUGGGAACUCUCCUCAUGUGGGAUAUUGAGAAUGGUCUGGACAAGAUCGACAAGUACACUUACUCUUCAGAGACAGAGAUCUCUGCAGGUGCUAUGCUUGCUAUUGGAAUUAUGAACUCCGGUGUAAGAAUGGACUCGGAUCCUGCUAUUGCUCUCUUGGCCGACAGCGACAAACUACACCACCCUGAUCCUCUGGUCCGAACAGCCUGUAUCAUGGGUCUUGGACUGGCCUAUGCUGGAUCGAAUAAGGAGGAUGUCCUUGAGCAUCUCCUGCCUAUGAUUUCCGAUUCUUCCUUAGAUAUGCAGAUCUCAGCAAUGGCUGCUCUUUCCUGCGGUCUUAUCUUCACCGGUUCUUCUCACUCCGAAAUUAGCGAGGCCAUUAUCCAAACCCUGAUGGAUGAUGAUCGCAAGAGUCAGUUCACUGACAAAUGGACACGGUUCUUGGCUCUUGGACUGGGUCUUCUCUUCUUUGGCCGACAAGAAGAGGUUGACGUCAUCCUUGAGACCCUCAAGGUCAUUGAACACCCUGUGGCUAAGUCCACCGCUGUGAUGGCUGAGAUCUGCGCAUGGGCCGGCACAGGCGCCGUCCUUAAGAUCCAGGAGCUCCUGCACAUCUGCAAUGAACACCAGGAGGAGUCCGAUGAGAAGAAGGGUGACGAACUCCUACAGGCCUUUGCCGUGAUCGGUAUUGCACUUGUGGCUAUGGGUGAGGAUAUUGGCCAAGAAAUGGUCCUGCGACAAUUCGGCCACCUUAUGCACUACGGUGAGCCCAACAUCCGAAAAGCUGUGCCCCUGGCCAUGGGCCUCAUUAGCCCCAGCAACCCUCAGAUGAAGGUGUACGACACACUUUCAAGAUACAGCCACGACAAUGAUCCCGAGGUCGCCAUCAACGCCAUCUUUGCCAUGGGUCUGCUGGGAGCUGGUACCAACAACGCUCGAUUGGCUCAGCUGCUGCGACAACUCGCUAGCUACUACCACCGUGACCAGGAUGCCCUUUUCAUGGUCCGAAUUGCUCAAGGUCUUCUUCACAUGGGCAAGGGUACUUUGACAAUCAGCCCCUUCCAUACAGACCGUCAGGUUCUGUCUCGCGUCUCGGCUGCCGGUCUCCUCGCCACUCUCGUUGCCAUGAUCGAGCCCAAGGAGUUUGUCACAGGACAAUCACACUACCUCCUAUACUUCCUCGUCACCGCCAUGCAUCCCCGCUUCCUCGUCACACUAGACGAGAGCCUUAAGCCACUCAAGGUCAACGUUCGCGUUGGUCAGGCCGUCGACGUCGUUGGCCAAGCUGGUCGACCCAAGACUAUCACUGGUUGGCAGACUCAGAGCACGCCGGUGGUGCUCGGAUAUGGUGAGCGAGCGGAGCUUGAGGACGAGGAGUAUAUCAGCCUCAACAGCACCCUUGAGGGUUUGGUAAUUCUGCGAAAGAACCCCGAUUGGGAAGCUGAGAAAUAG